UACUAGUUCAUUUUUAACGUGGUUCUCUGGUCUCUGCCCUUUCCAGUUCACCCACAGUCCCAAAUCCCUCCCGGAAUUUGUGAGUAGAAAAAGAUGGAACAAGUCCCUAGGCAGAGAGCAAGGUAGGGUGAUGGUUGGAAACUAGGGCUGGACUGUUGGGGUCAUCCCUUGGUGUGACUGCCCAUCCACAUUAGGCCUGGCCUCUGUGCUGAACUUAGGAUGGGUCUUGACCGUGCUCCUAGAUCCAGGCUAGUGGGGAUUCCAGGAGCUUGUUUAUCUAGCCAGCAAGUGUUAGGUACUGGCUCUGUUCCUUACCCACACCCACUCUGGACAGCGCAGAGGACACAGCAUGACCAAGGCAGUCCUGGACCCUGCCCUCAUGGGGCUCUCAGUCCAGAGGUAACACGGACCUGUCAUGGAAUGGUGACAGUGCCAAGGUCAGCUGUGAGAGCUUGGGGUGGAGGGGGGUGGUGAGGUGAGGGCUUCGUGGAGAAGGGAAAUGUUUUAAAGAGAGGAAUGAGCUGGGAUAAAAGACUUUCUGAUUGCAUCCCCACAGCCUAUCCUCCUUCCCCAGCAACUUGAGUCAUCUCUUCAAUUCCCUUAGGCAUGCUGUACUCCUGGCCCCUUGUGAGGGACAAGGCUGGGGCACAGGAGUGGCCAGUUCUGCUCCAUCUCUUCCCUCACAGGAACUGUCUCAGAGCCUUGUGAAGGGAACACGGGCUACAAAACGGAGGAGGAAGGUUGACUACUUUUGAGGUCAGAUGCGAGGCAUCUGAACAUGAGGUGGGGCCAAGGUUGAUGGCUAGUUGGGCUAAAGGGAAUCCUAGAGUGGCCUCUCCCUACUGAGGGAGGGCCUCAGGUCCUCUAGGCUGGGAAGUCCCCUUCCCUGCAGGCGCAUGUGUUGGGCAACAGUGCCCUCUGCUGGCCUUUCCUGGCAAUAUGUCUAAGUGUAGUCAGUCCCCAUCUAUCCCAAGUGACAAAUGAGCCACUUUCCUCCAGAUCCCUUAUCCUGGGAAUGCAAAUGGAAGUUAUUCCUCUGCCUUUGGCCUUAAUAUCUGGGUUACUGCGUCAGCCUCCUCACAGAUCUCUCUAACCUCCAGUCCCUUACUCUGAUACCCCCCCUGCUCGCUUCCCACAGGAUAAAGGAGCUCAAGCUACUUAAUAUGGCUUACAGGCUCCACAUGCCUGGCCCCUGGUGACCUCACUGGCAUUACCUUUUAGCACUCCCCUUUCAAACUUAAGAUCACUAGUUUGUUCUAGGGGAAUCACAAAUCCCUUUUAGAAUCUAAAUGCCAUGAACUUCUGCCUUGGGAAUACAUGUGUAUGUGGAAUUUUGCAUAAAGAUUUGUGAGGUUUUCUGAUUCUUGCAGCCCGAUCAUGACCUUCAAGUUAGAACUCCUUUCCUAUUACCUGGCCAUACAGAAGCAACCAGAACUAUUGAUGCCUGCCUUCCUCUCCGGGGGUUUGUCUUGCCCAUCCUCCUACACGAGACCCUUCUCUACCUCCCUCUUACCCUGAUUCCUGAUCAUUUUUCCGGUCUCAGUUUGGGUGUCCUUUACUCUCAGAAAAGAACCUUCCCUGGGCCCUCCAGGCUGGGGUGGGCAGCUCUCUUAGCUGGACCUCUGGGUCCAUCAGCCCUGCCCACUCAGGGCACUGGUAACACUUGAAUGUGAGUCCCUACCCGUCACCUAGGGCAAAUCAGGACCAAGGUCUCUCCACACCUGAAGAUUCUUCAGGUCCUGGGAGCACAAAGCGGGAGGUUGAGUCUCUGAUCUCACCACCUAUCUCAUGCUAAGCAGGGACUGCGUGUGAUGACAGAAGCAAGCGACAAGGCUUAGUAAGUAUUCUUGAGGUAGUGAAGAAAUAAGAUAGACUGGGGUCUAAACCAGAGCCCAAGCCCUCAGAGGCUCUGGAGGGUGGUCAUUCAAACCAUUCAUCCCCAAAUUAAGCAUGCUGGGCUCUGGAGUCACAGCAGUGCACAGGGUGAACAAGCCUUCCCUCCUGAUAGUCCAAUUUCGUAGCGGUUCAAAUUGCGGGGGUGCGGCGUGCCGGAAGAAUCUCUCUGACCCUGGCGCCCUUUUCCUGCCUGGGGUGGGCGGGACCGGACAGAAGCACGCAUGCGCAAAGGAAACUCCAACUUCGUCCCGGAACUUUGGUUACUGGUGACGCGGGGCACCCGGCCCCGGGAGUGUGCUCGGCCGGAAGUGGCCGCUGAGGACUUGGGGUGGGUUUGGUGUGCGGGGCCUGCCACAGCAGGUAACAAGUCGUAGAGAAUCAGGAUGGAGGCCGUAGCGACAGCGACUGCGACUGCAACGGCGGCGACGGAACCCGGUGAAGGCUGCACGGAGCCCAGUCCUGGGCACUGGGGGGAGCUGAGCUGGACGCCGGUCCCAUCCAGACCCCAGGACAAGGCAGAAGCAGCAGAGGGAGCGCCAAGGGCCCUAGACACCGGCCCCCCAGAGGUCGAGGACGCGGCGGUGAGUGCCAUGCUGCGCGCCGUGGCUGCCAGCCACCUGCCCGUGUGCAGCCAGCAGCAGGGCGAGCCCGACCUGACCGAGCAGGAGAAGGUGGCCAUCCUGGGCCAGCUGUACCAUGAGAAGCCACUGGUGUUCCUGGAGCGCUUCCGCACGGGCCUCCGGGAGGAGCACCUGGCCUGCUUUGGCCACUUGCGCGGUGACCACCGCGCGGACUUCUACUGUGCCGAGGUGGCCCGGCAAGGCAGCACCCGACCCCGCACCCUGCGCACCCGCCUGCGUAACCGCCGCUACGCUGCCCUGCGUGAGCUCAUCCAAGGUGGCGAGUACUUCAGCGACGAGCAGAUGCGGUUUCGGGCCCCGCUGCUGUAUGAGCAGUACAUCGGGCAGUACCUGACCCUAGAGGAGCUCAGCGCCCGCACCCCAGCCCACCGGCCGCCCAAGCCCGGCCCCCCCGGCACUCCCGCCUGCCCGCUCUCCGACCUGCUGCUCCAGUCCUACCAGGAGCGGGAGCUGCAGCAGCGGCUGCUCCAGCAGCAGGAGGAGGAGGAGGCCUGCUUGGAGGAGGAGGAAGAGGAGGAGGACAGCGACGAGGAAGACCAGAGGCCUGGCAAAGACUCGGAGGCCUGGGUCCCCGACUCGGAAGAGAGGCUGAUCCUGCGGGAAGAGUUCACCAGCCGGAUGCACCAGCACUUCUUGGACGGCAAGGAUGGGGACUUUGACUACAGCGCCGUGGACGACAACCCUGACUUCGACAACCUGGACAUAGUGGCCCGGGACGAAGAGGAGAGGUACUUCGAUGAGGAGGAGCCCGAGGACGCACCCAGCCCAGAGCUGGACGGGGACUGAUGGCUGCGGCCGCCCACCCCGUCCCCCGCCCCCACAAGGCCGCUGAUUACAGGCCAGGCCGGCUCAGUGACUUUCUCUAGGCGACAGCAGGGUGGCUGCCCUACACCACCGAGAGCCUCGCUGGGUCUGGUCCCAUCUCUGCGGCCCCCUCCCCCUUGCUCUCCAUUUCCUUCUCCCCCUGAACCCUGGUGCCUCUCUCCCUCCUCUCUCCUCUCAGUCUCUUUCUCACCACCUUUCUGUCUCCUGCUUUCUGUGUCUCUCCCUCUUUCUCCACCUCCCUCUUUUUCCUUUCUGUCUUUCUCUUUCUCCCCUUCUCUCUGUGCCUCGGCCUCUGUCCCCACGACAGGGCCCAGGAUGAACAUCCUCCCCUUGACCUAGGCCAGUGGGGCCCUUUGUCGCUGGAGCUGGCCAGGUUGAACCCAGAGCGGCGCUCCGCCUCUCCCUCCCCAGCCCCGCCUCUGCUCUCCUGCCCCUCUGUGCUUGAGGCUCAGUCUCACACUUGCACCUCCUGGCCUCUGUUACGUUCCGUCUCCUUCGGCCUCCCUCUCUGGGCCCAUGGCUCUUCCUGCCCAUACACUUGCAUCUUUCGCAGCCUCUGUGCUGGCUCUGUCCCUCUCUGUCUCUCAGCCUUUAUCUCUGGGUUUCAGUACCCCCCCCAAGGCCCUGAGCAUCCCGCAUCCUGGCUGCUGUGGGCCACAGAGCCUGACUGCUGAGUAACUGGGCCUCACUGUGGGCAGUGGGGAGACCUUGGGGGUGGCCACCGGCUCUCACCUCUCCCUCAGGACCCAGGUUUGGGAGAGGUGAGCAGGGGCGGCAUGGGAUCGUGGGCCUGCCAGGCUGGGUAUAGAGGGAGAGGAGCGACUUACCCCUCCCAGCCCCACCAGCCCCACUCUGCCCAGCCAGUUUUCCCUUCCUUCACUUCCUCCACCUCCCUCUCCCUCUCCUGUUUACACUUCCCAAAUAUGCACAGGCUGUUAUCAUGGGUCCUGAGUCAUCCCACACACACGCACGCGCGCGCACACACACACACAGACACACAGACACACACACACACACACACAGACACACACACACACACACACAGCCGGCCCCAGCAUCCCUGCCCCAAGCCGGCCCCGCGGAGCCCCCUGCCGCCCUGGGCUAAUGGGAGCCAGAUGGCCGCCUGGUGACUCAGCCACUGGCCUGUGGGAACCCAGGCAUCCUGCCUUCCCAUGCCCCCAUACCCAGCUCACGCUCCCCCGGUAGAUAUACGCAGGGAAGGGGCCAGCUGCUAGUGGCGGGGGGACACAGGCCAUGUGUUGGAGAGGUGGGGCCCGGGGACCCCUCACUCCUGUGAGCCAGGCCUGAAGGACCCUCAAAACUGCCUCCUCCAGCAUGGGGCCCAGAGUGCCGGGGAGACCCCACGGACUCUCGGGGCCACAGCUUUUGACCCCCAGGCCUCGCCUCUGGCUCAACUGGAAUUAGAGCCAGACACAGAAAGUGAGAGACAGAGGCCGAGGGAUGUUCAGACAGACUAUUAAAUAAGGAAACUUCCGGUUACUGAGCAGUUCUGUCCUGUGCCAGGCCCCAGCAAGGUGCCUGAUGCUGCACUGAAUCCUCCACACAGCCCCGCGAACGAGGGGCUCAGCUCCAUUCCGUGUGUGGGUCGCAGGAGGCCCAGAAAGGAGAUGUCACGUACUCAAGGCCACGUGGCCAUCAGAGAUGAAAACUCGGGUGUAGAAUCGUAAGUCCUGGAGACCACCUCCUGGCCUGCCUGUCUGCUCUCAGGGCUACACAGAGUAGACAGACGCACAGACUUCUUCAGGGAUAACGACUGAAGGAGAGUUAGCUGUUGAGGAUAACAGCAGCUAACACCUUUGGGGCCCUCCUGGCACGCUAGGCACUGUCCUUCCUAUGCACAGACGGACAGCAUCAUCUAGUGUUUAGUACCUGCGUCACUGAACCAUCACAGAGGUCCCAUCAGUAUAAACUGUCAGUACUGAUAGGGUGUCUCCCAGAGGAGGCCCAAGGCGAUCCAGCCAGCUAGACUCACAAUUGGGAGAGAUGUUUGUCUCUCAGGUGCUUACUGAUGCCCUCAGGUUGUGAGAGGUCUUUCAUAAUACAGGCAUCAGCCCUGGGUGAUGGGCACAUUUUUCACCAGUCUAUCAUUUGAUCAUUAAAUUUGUGAUACACUGUGCCAUGCCUGAAUUUGUUGCAUACAUUUUUUAAGUGAUGAGAGACAGCAGUUGAGUCAGAAUUGGGGUUAGUCAGAUGGCAGAGAAGGAGCAUCUGUCUCAGAGACCGAGGUGGAGCCCAGAGACACUCCCCCAUCACAGCCUCAGACCCGCUGAGACCUGGAGGUGCCCAGAGAGGCGCCUGCCCCUCCACUCCUGGUUCUGGGGUUGGGGUGGGCGGAGAGGCUGAGUCAGGGAGGGGAGAGCCCCUCCGAGGGCAUCUGGCCCCCACCCCCGUGUCUCCUGUCUGUCCUCCUGGCCAGGCUCUGCUGGCUGCCACCCCACUCCCCAUGUGUGACACCUCUUUGCGUCCUGCCCCUCUCUCCUCAUCCCCUCCAACCGCCUGCCUCGCUGUCCCUUCUCCCUGCUGCUGCUGUCUCCUUCCUCUGCCUCUCCCCUAGCUCCGUCUUCCCUUUCGGUCUGUCUCUGCAGCUCUCUGACUGUCAUCGUCUCCCCAUCGCUUCUUGUCUACCCUCUCUCAGCCCCUUCUCUUCCCCCUCGUUAUGCCCAGGCCUCUGCCUCCUCUUCUCUCCUCUCCCUCCUUGUCAUUCCCUCCCUCUCGGUCUCCGCGCCCCCGUGCCUUUCUGUCAGAGGCCCCCCUCCUCCUCUGGUCUCCACCCUCAUUUUUUCCUACCCCUCUCUCCGCUGUCUCCUGGCCCACCGCCCUUGUCCCAUCUCUGCUGGUCUCUCUCCCAGCUCCUGGGAAGCCCAGCGGGAGUGUCAGGGUCAGGGCUUCACUGGUGGCCCCUGGGAGCCCAGAAUGAGGGGUCACCACCUCGCCCCCACCCAGAAAGGGGGCAGGGAGGCUGCGGCCUGUCUGGCCAGAAGGAAGUGACUGUGCUGUGGCCUGGUCACCCCCGCCCCCAAGACCUGCCCGGCUGCUGCCGCCCCCGGGCUGGGGCCAAGUAAACACAGCCGCCGGCAGCCCAAGAUAUUUAUACCGAGGUCCGGGCGUGGGUCCAGUGCCCACCACAGCCCCUGCCCUGCCCUGCCCGCCACGGCCAGCCCCGAGCCAACGUGGCACCAGCCGCAGACACAGCCUCCACUCAGCACGGAGGCCGCAUCGCUCGGGAUGCCAGCGGCUUCACUAGGGACACAGGAUGCCCCCCCUCCCUGGAAACACCAGCACAAAUGCAGCCCCACACAUGCAGCUGCUCGUGAACGUGGACACACUCACCCCACCGAAAACUCAAGACUGAUAGAGCCAAACAGAGACUCACACGGCUGCUCACACACUGAAGUCAUCAGCCCACAUGCGGGGACACAAAAUGCAGACACCACCUGCUCACAGGCACCCACAGAGGCUGAGAACACCAGUCCCGGAGAUGGACACACUGGGAGGAGGACAGCAAGCAUGUGGGAGACACACCCCGUAGACACACAAACAUGCUCGGAAUACCAGCGACACACACGCUGAUCACAAAACGUAACCCAGAAGCUACUCACCCACAGACACGAACACUGGGGACUGUCACACACAGGCAGUGAAAACAUCCUGAGUAGGAAACACAACGUACAACACGCACACACACACAAUACCUCCUGGAAACACACUUUUCUCACAGACCCAUAAACAUAUAUGGAAAACACCCACACUUCUAAUCAAACUUAUGCUAAGAAUGUGCAAAUUUACACUCAGAAAAGAAGAGCAAGUGUGCUGAGAAAAAAUCCAGACACAUAACACACCCCAGGGAUACAACCAACUCAUACAUGCAGACUAGCCGAGUCACACAGUGUCCGGACACAGAACCCAGAGUGCACACUGGCUUGUGCAGCAGAAACACAAAACACAGGUGCAGGCACAACAAACGCAGCACAGUCUCUCACACACACACACACACACACACACACACACACACACGAGUUGAACCCGUGCUGGAGACACACGAGUUGAAAAUCCCCCUUGGUCCAUACCCAACACAGCCGUCAGGCACCCAGCCGUGUGUUAAAGAAACCCCUAUGCUGGACACACAAAACUCACACCACAAAGCUUGCUGGGACACACACACACACAAAUUCACAUUAGAAACACGAAAGACACCAACGCGUUGGAUGUCCAGAGAUCUACGGGGAAGGGGGCUUUCUCUCCCUCCCCCCACCUCCCCCCUCCCUUUCUCCCUCUCACACUGACCCCGUCCCAGGUCCCAGGUCCCAGGCCUGUCUGGGGGAGGGGGCAGGAAGGCCUGAGCUGGCCUCCCCCGGCCCUGCUUCCUGCCCCUUGGGGGCAGGACGGGAAGCCGGGGCUCCAGCCGGAACCCAGGCUCCCCCCCUCACGACUUCC